AUGCUGUGCAUUGGUUGUGCAACAAACACGGUUUUUUGCAACUCUGCUCUUGACACCUUAAUAACGGGCUUAAUAUAUCAAGCGGCCGUUCAAGUGCGUAUAAUUAAGGACACGAUGGCGAAUUUGGAAGAGUUCGCCGAAGAAAAACUUGGCGCUGAGCACGAGACCUUGACGAGUUUCGAACGAGAAAAUAGAGACACUUUGAAGGACAAAUUAGUGUAUGGGAAGAUUUCGCAAUGUGUUUAUCGAUAUGGAAUGAUUAAAAAGUUUGUACUGGAUAUAGAAGAUGCUUAUUCUAUAGCUAUUUUUUUGCAAUUUGGAAUUAGUGUGUUACUAAUCUGCGUACAGUGUUUCCAACUAACUCUGGUCGAGCCACUUUCCUAUAGAUUUCUGUACAUAAUAAUCACUCUAAUAACUACUACUUCAGAAGUUUUUAUGUACUGUUAUGCUGGAUCACUAAUAUAUAAUGAGACUUUGUUCUUUAAUUCCGACCUAUAUAUCACAAACUGGAUUAAUCUUGACCUUAAGAGUAAGCGAGCACUAAUAACACUGAUGGAAUAUGGAAAAAGACCUUUCGUUAUAAGAGCUGGAAAAUUGUUUGAUUUAUCUUUGGACACAUUUGCUUUCAUUAUGCGUCGAUCUUACUCCUUACUUGCAAUAAUGCAGAAUUACAAAUAUUAAACUAGAAAAACUAACUGUAUAUCUAGACGUUCUGAUUCCUGGAUUAAAUAUUAUCACAGCUAUUGUUACUGAUAUCACAAUAUAACACUGGAUAAGAUAUUUAC